AACAGCAUCAGUGAAAUUGCUGACGAAGUAGAAAUGCUGAGUGACAGUGAAGAGAAGGGAUCUGAGGAGGAAUCUGAAGAUAUUGAAGUUCUCCCAGAGGCUUCCCAGACAACAGAGUGCUUUGGGGAGGGUGUAUCUAAAUUAUCAAAACUUAAGGAAAGAGAACUUCGUAAAUUAAGGAAAUUGGACUAUAGCUGGGCCUCAGGACUCUGAACAUGUGAUAUGGCUUUCUUUUUUUCUUUUUUACAUAUUUCUUCCAAUAAUUUAAUAAAGUGCCAAAUAAAAGCUA